AUGGAGCUGUGCUGGGGGACCUUGUGCCUCUGCCUUGUUUCAUCAGAGGAGCCCACCGCUGAGGGUCUCACCUCAACCUCCUUGGUGGAGUUUACAAUGAUGUCCCAUCUGGAGCUACUGGAUUCCAGCGAGCAAAGCAACCUGGAGGCCACGGAGCCUGACCCCGUCCUCAGUGCCCUGCAUGCCUCCGCGGGAUCAGGCUUUGCUAGUGAGGAGAAUGAGGAGUCCAAGAUCCUACAGCCCCCCCAGUACUUCUGGGAAGAUGGGGGAGAUCUCAAUGAUUCCAGCCUGGAUCUGGGACCAGCAACAGACUACAGUUUUCCAGUCACCUCUCAUAAGGCCCUGCCCAAGGGAAACAGGACGCAGGUUAAAGACAACUGGGAAACCGCCCCCCUUCCGCCGUCAUCGGAUUCCGUGGAGGCUGACCCACAUACGCCUUUCUCCGGUGCUCUGGAGGAAGAGGAAGGGCUGCUCCCCAUAAACCAUUCUAAGGGAGGGCAACAGAGCAGCCAGACUCAAUGGCCAAAGGACAUAUCUUCAGAAGCAGCUGGCCAGGAGGACUCCUUGUUCUCCCUCCUGUUCUCCACAGCCUCCAGCAGACUGGGUGUUGUGACUGAGGCAGCUGUAGAAAGGCAAGAGGAGGACUCUGUUCCUGAGGAUACUUCUUUGGGCUUUGACCUAGGGAGCAGCAUGGGGCCAAGUCUGCUGCCUGUGUCCUCCAUUCUGUCGGUCACCACUGCAGGAUCCCAAGAUGUCGCAGAGCAUGCCAUCCGGGUGACUUCAGAAAAUAUUGGGGCUACAGUGGGAGUAGGAGUGGAGCUAGCAGGGACCGUGGCAACAGCAGAGUCCACACAGACCCUGGUGGGAGCUGGAGUGGAGACCACAGAGCUCCCAGUGAGAGGGGAGCUCAUUGAGCCCACAGUACGAGAGGGUGGGGAGCAAGUGGGGCCCACAGUGCUAACUGGAAUGGAGCAAACGGAGGAAGCUCCUGAGGUAAUAUCUCCUGGAGGCAGCCCCCAGGAUCCCAAGAUUGUUUCUGGUAGUGGUGAUGGCCCCGCAAAUGCCAGCUCCUCGGCAGCUUCCUUGGAUGGGUCUGACGAGCCAGCUGCAACUCCUGCUCAGAAUGGCACGAAGCUGGCUACUGAGACCAUGGCAGCAGAGCGGAGCUUUGUGCCACAGACCGGGGACACCCACCUGGAUGUGCUGUCAACAGGACUGCCCUGGAACUCAGCACAGGUGAUCUGCAAGGACUGGAGUAACCUGGCAGGGAAAAACUACAUCAUUCUGAACAUGUCUGAUAACAUCGACUGCGAGGAGUUUCGGCUGGAGAAGGGUCCCCAGCUGCUGGCUCUGGUGGAGGAUGCCUUCUCCAGGCAGACAGAUGGACUGCAGGCCCAGUGGCUGAUCUCUCUGAGCAAACCCAAUGAGAAUGACAAGCACCUGCUAAUGACCUUGGCAGGGGAGCAGGGUGUCGUCCCUACAAAAGAUGUCCUGAUGGCACUGGGGUAUGUUCAGAGGAGCUUAGCCGAGAUUGGCAUCCAGAACUACUCAACCACCACAAGCUGCCAGUCACGGCCCAGCCAGACCCGCAGCGACUAUGGGAAACUCUUUGUGGUGCUGGUCAUCAUCGGUUCCAUCUGUGCCAUCAUCAUCAUCAUGGGGCUUAUCUACAAUUGCUGGCAGAGGCGCCUGCCCAAGAUGAAGAACAUGUCACACGGCGAGGAGCUGCGCUUUGUGGAGAACGGCUGCCAUGACAACCCCACCUUGGACGUGGCCAGUGACAGCCAGUCGGAGAUGCAGGAGAAGAAGACCAGUGUGAAUGGCGGAGGUGCCAUCAACGGCCCCGACGGCUGGGAUGUCCUGAUCACCAAGCGGGCGAGUGAGGACGCAGGUGUCUUUGAGGAAGAUACACAUCUUUAA